GGGGUUUGCAGGGGCCUCCGCAGAGGUGGAGGUGGCGGCGAAGCUGUGGAGGGGCCGGGCUCGACGGCCGGCGCGGCGCCCCUGCACACCGAGGGCGCAGGGAGCGGGAUGGAGCCCGGGCUGUGAGGCCGAGGCGGCUGCGGCAGGGAGGAAGGGUCGGAUGCCGGUGCAGUGGCCCCGCUGAAGCGGUCGGUCCCCGACCUCGGAGACCGGCUCGGACGUCCGCCGCGCCCAGACCCUCCGGACCGCGACGCCGCGGGCCGGCGGAGGCGCAUCUCCGGCAAGAUGAAGGAUUUGGGGGCAGAGCAUUUGGCAGGUCGUGAAGGGGUCCAGCUCCUUGGAUUGUUGAACCUCUACCUGGAACGAGAGCAGAGAUUCCAACCUCGAGAAAAAGGGCUGAGCUUGAUGGAGGCUACCCCAGAGAAUGAUAACACUUUGUGUCCAAGAUUGAGAAAUGCCAAAGUAGAAGAUUUAAGGAGUUUAACUAACUUUUUUGGAUCUUGCACUGAAACUUUUGUCUUGGCUGUUAAUAUUUUGGACAGAUUCUUGGCUCUUAUGAAGGUGAAACCUAAACAUUUGUCUUGUAUUGGAGUCUGUUGUUUUUUGCUGGCUGCUAGAAUAGUUGAAGAAGAAUGCAAUAUUCCAUCCACUCAUGAUGUAAUCCGGAUUAGUCAAUGUAAAUGUACUGCUUCUGACAUAAAACGGAUGGAAAAAAUAAUUUCAGAAAAAUUGCACUAUGAAUUGGAAGCUACUACUGCCUUAAACUUUUUGCACUUAUACCAUACUAUUGUACUUUAUCAUACUUCAGAAAGGAAAGAAAUACUGAACCUUGAUAAACUAGAAGCUCAGCUGAAAGCUUGCAACUGCCGACUUGUCUUUUCAAAAGCAAAACCAUCUGUAUUAGCUUUGUGCCUUCUCAAUUUGGAAGCAGAAACUUUGAAAUCCGUUGAAUUACUGGAAAUUCUCUUGCUAGUUAAAAAACAUUCCAAGAUUAAUGACACUGAGUUCUUUUACUGGAGAGAGUUAGUUUCUAAAUGUCUAGCGGAAUAUUCUUCUCCUGAAUGUUGCAAACCAGAUCUUAAGAAGUUGGUUUGGAUUGUUUCGAGGCGCACAGCCCAGAACCUCCAUAACAGCUACUAUAGCGUCCCUGAGCUGCCAACAAUACCUGAGGGGGGAUGUUUUGAUGAAAGUGAAAGUGAAGACUCUUGUGAAGAUAUGAGUUGUGGAGAGGAGAGUCUCAGCAGUUCCCCUCCCAGUGAUCAAGAGUGUACCUUCUUUUUCAACUUCAAAGUGGCACAGACCCUGUGCUUUCCAUCUUAGAAAUCUGCUUGUUUUGCGUUGGGAUUUAUACCUACAGGUUUCAAAGCAAUAAGUGGGGGAGUAGGUAGUUUCUGGUUCAGCCCCUAUCUAGGCAGGGAUUACACAGACUGGAAUACCUACCUUCUAUUUAUUAUUCAGAUCAGAUCUGGCCUAUUUUCAUAUUUAUCCUAAGCCAUCAAAUGGGUUAGUGCCUCUUAGAUAAGUAUCAGUAAUUUAGACCUUGGCACUUUAUUUUUCUUGUUGAUCUUUAGCUACUUGGGGGAGGAGGGAAGGUGCUUAUACCUUCAAUUUAUUACUUUACAAAAGGAUUUUUAAAGCUAAAUAAUGUAACUUAUCUUGAACAUUUUAUAACUCUUCAGGUGUCUUUAUGUACGCAGACUGGAAGUGUGCAAGUGCUCCUGAGCAGGGACGCUGGGUAAAUCCCUCAGGGGUUUAUCUUAGAUUUCCCCUUCCUCUUUCCUCAGAAAAGAACAUACUCUUAAAUGUCAAACACCAUUUUUGUUUCAUUUUUUUAAAUGAGCAGUGUCUAUCCGAUGCAGAUCCUAUAAAUUUAGGAAUUAUAAUGCCAUUUCUGUGAAUUUUAGUAUGUAAUGUCUUUAUUGAGGUUUCUGCUAAAGCAGAUAUAAUUGACAUGCUAAGGCUGUUGGUCGCAUUACUAAUGCCUAAGCAUUGUCAGACUAUAGUAUUAUUUCAAUGUUAUUUAAAAAAAUCCAUAAUCUGCUAGUUUUGCAUGUAUCUGUAUGAAAGCAGUGUGGGAAGUUAAACACAACUAGGUAACUAUGGAGUUGAUAAGUGUUGAGCUAGUAUACAUUUUAUCUCAUUUUCUUAUAUUAAAAAAUGUCUGCAUGAUUAUAUUUUAUUUUCUUUGUAAUUGACAUUUCAAAAAUAAUGUAUUAGCAUAUGGGAGCCAAGAUUGAGUAUGAAGUGAAAAUAACCCAAGUGUUUGUAGUAUUAUUGUUUUAAGCAGAUCUGUGUGGUGAUACAGCCAUAGAAUGGGAAUGUGUAUACUCUGUACACGUAAGAUUUUGUACAGAGAAUUUUUAAUUUUAUAAACUGUAUAUGAAAAUGUAAAUCUUUAAAGAUGUACAUAAAAAUACUGUAUUUUUUUACCUUGUGUGUGUGUGAUAGUCUAGUCAUUGCAUGUAAAUAUAAUUUAUUGUGUAUUCUGAGUUACAAAUCAUACAUGACUUUUUUAUUGGUAAGUCAGCAUCCAUUGGAUGUUUUCAGGAGUGACUCUUUUUGAAGUGAUAAUAGAUUAUAAUUCAAAAUAAAAUAAUGAAU